UAUUAAAAAGAUUAUGUAUAUUUAGACUAAUUUUUUAAAAAAUAUUAUACAUUUUUUAUUUAUUGUAUUUUAUUUAUUGAAUAUUAAAAUUCCGAAUUAGAAUUUCUGAAUACUCAUGGUUACGAUUCAAAUGAAAACGAUGUUGCCAUAUUCAACAUCAUAAAUUAUAUUUAAAGCUGCGGUAAAUUUUAAGGAAGAAUAUAGUUGUAAGGGUUAUAUUUGAAAAAUAUGGCAGAUCGUUUAACACAAUUGCAAGAUACUAUAAAUCAGCAAGCAGAACAUUUUUGUAACAGUGUGGGUAUUUUACAACAAUAUUCAAUACCUAGUAAAUUUGUUGAUCGUGUUGGAACUCCACAACCACAUCAACCUCAAGAAGAUUAUGCAGCCUUGUUUGCAACACUUAUAGCAAGAUGUGCAAAAGAUAUUGAUACUUUGAUAGAAAGUUUGCCAAGUGAAGAAUCAUCACAAGAAUUACAAGUUGCAAGUCUUAGUCGGCUUGAACAAGAAAAUCAAGAAGCUGGUGAACAGCUAGAAGAAGUUGUAAAACAAGGGGAAGCUCUUUUACAAAGAAUUCAAGCUGCUCUGCAAGAUAUUGCUCAAAGUCAAUUAGAUAUGCAAGAUCCAGCAUCCACAUCUAAUAUUAAUCUUAAUACUAAUUCUACUUUCAAACAAGAAAAUAUAAACUCUGUAAAUACUGUAUCUUCAAAUAACACGCAUCAAUUACCAGAUCCUAUGCCUAAUUCUGUAAAUCAAUGAUAUAUUUUUAAUAUAAUAUUAAGAAAAUUAAUUCACUGAUGAUAUAUAUUAUAUCAAAAUAUUAAAAUGAUAAAACAAAUUUCAAAAAAUAUUUUAUAUUUGUAGAAUAAAUAGAAAAAUAUUAGUUAUAUGAAAAUGUAUUUAAUAAUUUACUUUAACGUAAUUAUAUCUAUAAUUACAUUAAAUAGAAAAAUUAAAAUGAUAA